AUGAUUGACGAACAUAUUAUGCCUAAUUGUACUACAUAUAACAGUAUUCUCCACGGAUACCUCUCUUUGGGACAGUGGAAAGAGGUAGUUAGAAUUCUCAAAGAAAUGUCCAGAGAUGGGCAACGGCAUGAUGUUGUUACUUACAGUAUGCUGAUAGACUCUCUUUGUAAAUCUGGACGGCACGCAGAAGCUAGAGAAAUAUUUAAUUCUAUGAUUCAGAGUGGUGAAAACCCCAAUGUCGCCACCUAUAGAAGUCUGCUUCAUGGGUAUGCUACCAAAGGAGAUCUUGUUGAAAUGAAUAAUCUUUUAGAUUUGAUGGUACAAAAUGGGAUGCAACCUGAUCAUCAUACCUUCAACAUACAGAUCCAUGCAUAUUGUAAAUGCGGAAGGUUAGAUGAGGCAAUGCUUACUUUUAACAAAAUGCGGCAGCAAGGAUUGGUGCCAGACAUAGUUAACUAUGGGACGAUAAUAGAUGGGCUUUGCAGGAUCGGCCAGCUGGAAGAUGCAAUGGCCCAAUUCUAUCAAAUGAUUGAUGAUGGAUUGUCUCCCAACGUCGUAGUAUUUACAACUCUAAUUCAUGGUUUUUCUAUGCACGGCAAAUGGGAGAGGCUGAGGAACUAUUUUAUGAGAUGA